UUUAAAACUUAUUCCCUCCCGCUGCUGCCCGCUAAUUUUAGAAAAAUAAAAUGUUUUUUGCAAUAUUCUUUAUUGCUUUCCUAGCACUAUUAUUCUGUGCCUUUUGGUUUGCCAAAACAUCCAAAGAAGUACCCAAAUCAUGGUACGAAUGGAAAAUGGAAUUCCGUUAUCAAUAUUUGGGUAUUAUUGGUUUAAUUGAGGAUUUCAGACACAGACCCAGAGAUAGAGUUGAACUUUACAAACAACCCGGCUGUGUGGCCGUCAUUACCGGUGGUAAUCGUGGUAUUGGUUUAAGAAUUGUGGAAAAAUUAUUAGCCUGUGAUAUGACUGUAGUAAUGGGUGUACGUGAUCCUAAAAGUGCUGAAGCUGCUGUUAAGUCUUUAGUCGAUUUAGAAACCAGUGGUGGCAAAUUGAUCUGUGAAGAAUUAGAUGUGGGCAAUAUGAAAUCGGUUAGAGAAUUUGCUCAAAAGGUGAAAAGUAAAUUUAAUAAAGUGGAUAUUUUACUAAAUAAUGCUGGCAUUAUGUUUGCUCCUUAUAAAUUAUCCCCCGAGGGCUUUGAAUCUCAUUUUGCCAUCAACUAUUUGGGCCAUUUUCUUUUGCAACAUCUAUUAAUGCCCCUGCUAAAGGCUGCUGGAAAAGAAGAUAAACGUGCCAGAAUUGUUAAUGUCUCCUCCUGUGCUCAUUUAUUGGGACGCAUUAAUUACAAUGAUAUCAAUGGAGAGAAAUACUACUACCCCGGUGCUGCCUAUAGUCAAUCGAAAUUGGCUCAAGUCUUAUCCACUCGUCAUCUACAAGCUUUAUUGGAUAAAGAAAACGCUAAUGUACAAGUUAUAGCUAUACACCCGGGUAUAGUGGAUACAGAUCUCUUCGAACAUUCCGCCACCACAUCUGUACCUUUCUUUAAGAAACUAGUCUUCAAAACUCCCGAGCAGGGAUCUCGUACUCCUGUCUAUGCUGCCAUUUCACCACGUGUUGAAGGUCAAGGUGGCACCUAUUUGAGCAAUUGCCGUAAAGGACCCAUUCACCCUGUUGCCCUAAAUCGUGAGAAAUGUGAAAAAUUCUUUAACUAUUCUUGUGAGUUAUUGAAUAUUAAACAAUUUGGUGCUGAACAAUGAUGGACUUGAUAAUGACGUUUAUUUAGAGGAAUUGUAUUAAAGUAUAUAUUGUGGGAUUCUAUUUUUUCAGGCUAUUCUCUCUUUCUCCCGAUUUUUUUUUUACUUAACGUAUUUUAUAAUAUUUAUAUUAUACUCUCAAUAUUGUAUUAUAUUGAAAACGUCCAUAUGUAGUUCUUAAAUAGAAAUAUAUUUAUUGAAAAAAUAUUUAAUAAAAUAAAAGAAAGAGUUUUUAUAAAAA